AGCUCAUAGUUAUUAGGCAUGUAUGGAAGAGCAAAGCAGUGUGCUACCUAGGCUAUAUAGUGGCUCACAAUUGAAAUGAGCAAUUCUAUGCUAACUGAUACUGUUGGAUUAGCAACACCUCUUGGUAAAGAAGCUUCUCAGACGAAAGAAUAUCACUCAAUUGAAGUGCAUAAAGCACCAUUGAAGAAUAGAUGCUGCAAAAAUGUCAUGUCGUAUCGACAAAAAGCAACUAUAGCUGAGCAUCUAGUAUACUUUUGUGCGCUGUCAACAGCAUCCUACUUUGGAGUUGUGACUAGAAUUUAUUUGGGUGAGCUAUCCCAGUGGAAUGGAGUACCCUUAUUCCAUUCUCUCUAUCCUGAAAUUGUCGGUACAGCUAUAAUGGGAUUUGUAGGAUCUCAUAAGAACCUUCUUGAGGAUAAUCACAAAGCAGUGUAUCAGGCAAUUGCCACGGGACUGUGUGGAUCAAUCACAACAUUUUCCUCAUGGAAUUUAGAAGCAACAAAUGUACUACUGCAAAUUGACAUAUACCCAAUUGAUAAUGUUGCUCGUGUUAUCGCUUGGUUAACCAUAAUUCUUAUUGGGUUUGGUAUGCCAGUUGCAGCUUUGUACUUUGGAAAGCAUCUUGCUCGAUUGUCUCCAUGGAAUGAUCAUAAGCUGCCUCCAGCAGAUACGAACACAGCUACAAAGAAGGUAGAAGGUGUUGUGUUUGUAAUUGUGUGGUUAGUAUUCACUGUUGUAGGUAUAGUUGUCCCCUAUGUGGUGAACAGAUAUGAUCUACUCUUCAGUAUCGUGCUUUCAGCAUUGGGAACGUACAUUCGAUGGCAACUAUCACCGUUAAACAAGGCAUUUGAACAUUUUCGUCUUGGUACAUUCAUUGUUAACAUUUUCGGAUCAUGGGUUCUAGCUGCAGUUGCUGUUUCUAUAAAGCAUCUUGGAACAAAUGAGCAAGAUGUUGCACACCAGUUUUUAAUUGGGCUUGGAACCGGAUUUUGUGGCUGUUUAACAACUGUAUCAACUUUUGCUGUUGAACUGACCAUUCUGCCACUCAAAGAUACCUACACAUACGCUUUGUGUUCUAUCUUCUUGGCACAAGUGGGAUUAAUAGUUGUCACAGGAACAUAUCACUGGGUAAAUGCUAGUUAG